AAGUCCUACCCAAAUCAACAUAAACUUUCCUGCAGCAGAUCUUGAAUAGCAUUUUGUAGCUCUCCAAUGCUUUGUUGCAAGAUCAAGUUUUAAAGCUCUAUCCAUUUCAUUCAUUUUCCAGAUGAGAAAAUGGAAGGAAGCCCAAAGAGAGAAGACAACUUGCCUAACAUCACACAGAAAGCUGGGAUUUGAAUUCAGCUUCUACUUAAAAUUCAAUGAUUUUUCUACUACGUCAUUCUACGUCAUAUCUUUUAUUUGUUGAACUAGUUCAUACCUUAUUUGUGUGCCUUCUCUACUAACAGUAAUAACAACAAUUCAUAUCUAUAGAACUUCUGUGGUUUGCAAAGCAUUGUCCCCCAAGCAGCCCUAUGAGGAAGGUAAUGCAAAUGUGGUUAUCCACAUUUUUGACGUGCUUCAGUUUCUUAAGCUUCCUGACAGUAGGUAGCAUGUAUGUGUUGUUAAUCAUUACUAUCAUUAACUCUUCAUAACCUGGUCUCUUCCUAUUUUUCCAGACUCCAUACAUUGUGUGGUCCAGCCAUAUCAAUCCAUUUGUUGCUCCCCACAUGCAAUGCUCCUUCUAUCAUCUCUUUGCUUUUACAUGAACUUGUACCUGGGCUUGUAUGGUCAUCUUCCUCACUACUACUUCUAAGAAUCCCUGUAGUUUCCUUCAAGAUAGAGCUCCAACAUCUCCUUUUGUAGGAGGCUAUUUCUACUAACCAUCAUGGCUUCUAGCACUUCUCCUUCCUCAUUUAUCUUAAAUAUAUCUACACACAUACAAGUCAUGCCCCCAUUGGAAUAUAAGAUCAGAAAUUAUUUUUUUUUCCAUUCCAGGAAUGGAACAGAGUUCUCUGCACAUAAUAAGCCUUAAUAAAUAUUCAUUUUUUGAUUGAUUUUUGCAUAGCACAGGACUCUGUACAUAGUAGACAGAUCAUGUUUGUUGAAUUGAAUUGAGUUCCAAUUUCCCUCAGAGAUCAGAAUGUGCUGGGAAGAGAAAGAAGUAGUGAGGAGGAGGGUGUAUGGUUCUCCUGAGGAAAGCAGAAUUUGACAAGAAUACAGGAGUUGACUAAACAUUGGGAGGCGAACUGUCUUUGUUCCUUCCUACAGUAUUCUCAGCUUUCUGGGGGCAUCCUCUCCUUUGAUGUGCCAGUUAACCAUGCUAAUUUCUCAGCACUCCCUAUAAAGAAACUAAAACUCCUAAACCUAAAGGGGUUGUAUACCCCCUUUCCCUUAAAGGAUGGGAACCAAAUGGGAUAGUAAUAAAAAAGACUACCCCAACCUCAUCAUUUAUUUUUUAAAAUUUAAUUUAAUAUUGCCUUUAAAAAUUGAAGGUAUAAAUUCUAGGUAUACUUCCUUCUUCCUUAGCCUCCAUGAUCCCUUUAGUGAAUGGAUGAAUGAAUGAAUGAAAAAAGCAUUUAUUAAGUGCUUACUAGGUGACAGGAACUGUGCUAAUGCUAGAAAUAAAAACCCCAAAAGGAAAUUAUUUACUAUCCUCCAAUAACUUAUAUUUAAUAGAGCAGAAGAAUAAAGGAAAGUAGUUAUGGAUGGAAUGUUUAGUCUAAAAUGUCACAGGAACAGAUCCAUUGGGCAUGUGAUUAACAUACUCUUUCAAGGGAUGUUAGUGUUAAUUACUGUUCUUAAAGUAAGAGGUAGAAAGAAGAUGACUGGAACAUAAUGCAGAGUGUUUAGUGUGGGUCUGGCUAGGUAUAGUGAGUUCUUAGCUCUCAGGAGAGCAUGGCCCCAGUGCUGGAAGACUAGGUCUGAGACAAUGGUGGAGUGUGAACCCCAGCAAGACUGGAAGGCAAACAAAGAAAAACACUUAGGCAAAACUGACACAGGGACAACCUCUACAAUAAAUGCCAAGAGUCCCUGCAUCUCUACCAAAAGGAAGAGAUAUAUGUGAGACCUCAUCUCUAGAACUGACAUUGUGUUACUCAGCAUUACUUUAGAUCCUUGAAGGAAGAGAUUGUUUCAUAUUUAAAUUUGUAUCUACAAUGCCUAACACAAAGUCUGGUACAAAGUUGAUGAUUAAUAAACACUUUAUGAUUGAAAAUUUGAUGAAUUAAUAAUAAUGGGAUUUAUAAAGCUAUUUAUAUAAGCAAAGUUUUCCAUAUGCUAAUUCAUUCAUUCCUCACAACUGGUAGGUACUGUUAUUUUCAUUUUAAAGUUGAGGAAACAGAGGCAAAGAGGGGUUAAGUGAUUUGCCCAAGAUCACAUAGCUAGCUCAAUUCUUCCAGAGGGGAAAACUGAGGUUCAAAAAAGGGAAAUGCCAUCCCCAAGGUCUUCUCACUCCUAGCCUUGGGCUUUCUUUCUCCCUUUCAUUGGACUCCCAUACUUGUAAGAGCAAAUGUCAGAAAGAGAUUUCAGAGGAUGAAGAUAGAAGAAAUGAAAAACUAGCUGGAAGCCAGAAAGAAUUUAUUAUUCACCUUUUAUGUGUAUGGGAGAUAAGUGGAAAUAUGUUUCAUUCACGGAGGAGAUUAUACAAUUAUUGAGGGACAAGACACAAAUAAGGCACUUGAGAAAAUAAUAGAAAACAGAAUCAAACUAAAGUGUGGGUAAAACUAAGAAAUAAAGAAUAGCGUUGGGUAGAAUAACUAAAAAAGACUUUAUGUGCCUUGAUCAUAUUCCAUAAACUACCCAUUAAAAGAUGGUUAAAUAAUGCUAUUCCCCCAGAUCUAAGUUAUGGGAAGUAGCCUAUUCAAACAAGAAAAGGAAACCAGAUAAGCAGAGAAUAUGAAUCUACAAGCUUUUCUCUAAGAACUUUUUUGCCAGGAGCUGACUGGCAUUUUUCAUGAUUUUCUUUAAAGUUAUGGAGAUCAACUGAAGGGAAGCAGAAUGAGGAAGAGGAAGUUGCCCAGCACUAGGAAUCCUGAGAUAUGGUUUCCAGCUCUGGUACUAUAGGAACUUUCUGUGUGGCCUCCUCAAGUCACUCAACCUUUGAGUCCCAUUCAGUUUCUAUAUGAGUCAAAUGAGGUUGGACAAGAUAAUGCUUUUUAAGGACCCUUCACCCUCUGGAUACAUUAUGAUUUUAUGCUAAGUUGUCCAUCUGUGCAUUCAGUUUCUUUCCCUUCCCAACUUUUUGAAGGUGGGGAGUGGAUUUUUUUUUUUUUUAAUAUCUGAAAGACUUCUAUGAUGUGGUUCCAUAGAAGGAUGGUUCCAUUCCAUAUCAUCUUGGGCAAGGUGACUUCCUUCUCUGGGCCUGAAUUUCUUCACCCAUAAAAUGAGGGCGUUGGAUUAGGAACCGUUAAUGUCCUUUUGAAAUUUUUAAAAAAAAAACAAAAAACCAUGCUUCUCCAAGUCUUCAUGUUGAAGUAGACUGAGUAGUCCUGUGGCCAUAGCUGGCUCUGAACCGUGCUACCGAAGGCAAUCCUAAAGACAUCUCUAUUAAGGGCUCCACGGACUGCAAGCAAGGCGGACCCCAGAUUGACCCCGCGGAGGUCAGGUGUGGGAGGAAGAGAAUGGUAAAGGGAGGGAGAGAAGCAGAGAGUGGGGAGUGACCCUGCCGUGUGCUGGCAGGAUUAUAGCACGGUUUAGGGCGCAAGAAACACAUCUAGGACCCCCCUCCCCCCAUUUCUUGCUCUGAAUCUCUCAGGAGCUCCCCAAAGCUCCAGAGGCAGGGACUCGGUGCCAGGUGGGCAGAAGAGGCAGGGUCAGACCAGGCCGCCCCAGGCCAUGCCAUGCCACUCCAAGAGGCGAGUUGCAGAUCGCAGCCUGGAUGGAGAAGGGGUCGCUGUUGCCUCGAACAUUCAUCCCAGGACCGCGGACCCGCGCCCGCCCCCCUCCGCCUAUUGUUCGCGGACCCUGCGCGUCACCGAGCUGGUGGGGCGGAGAGACUUGACGGGGCUGCGCGGCAGCGGGGGAGGAGCAGGCGGGGGGCGGAGAGGAGAAGGAGGGAGAGGAAUAGGAAUUGGUGAAGAAGGGGGGAGGAUGAAGAGGUCCCACCACGGCGUGGCCAGGAGAUCCGCCUAGAGCCGCAGCCUGAGCGCUGGAGCUGGAGCCGCCCUAGGGCGCAGAAGGAGCCUCAGUCUCAGAGCGCAGCUAGAACAGGAUCUCUGAGCGCCUUGGGAGUCCCAGUCUUAGCGCAGCGGAGUCCCAGUCCUCCUCCGGGUAGGGAGGUAGACUAGCGGCUCCAGCCCUCCGGGGCUGCCCCGGUUGGGGGGGAGGGUUGGGGGCGGGGAUGAAAGAGGGUAGCUGCCGCCGCGCCCCGGCUCGGUGAGCAGGAGGCAAAGGAGGAUGGAGGCAGCGGAGCCGGAUCCCGGUAGGGGCUCGCCGCCCCCGCCGCCGCCACCGCCCCCCCUGCCGCCACCUUCCCCUGCACCCCCGGAGAAGAAGAAGAUCAACCGUGCUCCGUCGCCUGCUAGACCCAAGGACGUCCCCGGCUGGUCGCUGGCCAAGAGCCGGCGGAGCAGCGGCAGCAACCCGGGCUCUCCUGCCUCUCUGUCGGGGAAGGCGGGGCCCGGCCAGCCCCGGCCCGAGAAGAAAGGCCGCAGCGGCCCACAGACCGGCGCUCGGGGCUCGGGAAAGGGCGCGCCGGGCCGAGCCGGGGCCAAGGCAAAGGGGCGUCCCCGCGACGAGCCCCCGGGGCGGGCCUCGCAGCCGUCACUACUGCCCCAGCCGCCGCCGCCGCCGGCCCUGAGCCUCACGGACAGCAGCUCCGAGGUGUCGGACUGCACAUCCGAGGAGAACAAGCUGCUGUCCCUGGAGCUGGCGCUGAGCAGCGAUACCGAGUCCGGCGGCGGCAGCGGCAGCGGCAGUGGCAGCGGGAGGGAGCGACCCGCUGGUAGCGGAGCCGGAGCCGGGUCCGGGGGCCGCGUCCAGGGGCACCCGGCGCCGCGCAGCCCUCAGCCUCGGCUCGCCUCCCCUGGCGCCUCGCCUGUCCCGGAUGAGCAGUCAGCGUCGCUGGGCAGCAGCCGCCUGCCCCUCAGUACGUCGCUGGCCUUCUCCGAUCUCACCGAGGAGCUACUUGACUGCGGGCCCGACGGCUUCGUGCGAGAGCUAGAGGAGCUGCGCUCCGAGAACGAUUACCUCAAGGAUGAGAUCGAAGAGCUGCGAGCUGAGAUGCUGGAAAUGCGUGAUGUCUACAUGGAAGAGGAUGUGUACCAGCUCCAGGAGCUCCGACAGCAACUGGACCAAGCCAGCAAGACCUGUCGCAUCCUGCAGUACCGUCUUCGCAAGGCAGAACGACGCAGCCUCCGAGUGGCUCAGACAGGCCAGGUGGAUGGGGAACUCAUUCAUAGCUUGGAGCAGGAUGUCAAGGUUUCCAAAGACAUCUCUGUGCGUCUGCAUAAUGAGUUGGAGGCUGUGGAAAAGAAGAGAAUCCGACUGGAAGAGGAGAAUGAAGAUCUCCGACAGAGGUUGAUCGAGGCAGAGCUGGCCAAGCAAGUGCUCCAGCAUGAGAUGGACAAACCUCGCGAGCAUUCCUUGAAGAAAAGAGGAACACGUUCACUUGGAAAGACAGAAAAAAAGGUAUCAGUCCAGGAGGACAACGCGGACCUAAAGUGUCAGCUGCACUUUGCCAAGGAAGAGUCAGCCCUGAUGUGUAAGAAACUCACUAAGUUAGCCAAGGAGAAUGACAGCAUGAAGGAGGAGCUGGUCAAGUACCGCUCUCUGUAUGGGGACUUGGACAGCUCCCUGUCUCUGGAGGAGCUGGCUGACUCCCCUCACUCCAGGGAGGCCGAAUUGAAGGUCCAUCUAAAGCUUGUCGAGGAAGAAGCCAACAUCUUGAGCCGCCGGAUUGUGGAGCUGGAGGUAGAAAACCGGGGCCUGAGAGCGGAGAUGGAAGACACGAAAGGGCAGGGGGACAAGGACUACAUUGGCCCUGACAUACGGUUCGCUUUUUCUUCCCCCAACUGCGGUGGGGAGUCUGGGGAGAGCCUGGCCGAGCUGCGGAGACACCUUCAGUUUGUGGAAGAGGAAGCCGAGCUCCUGAGGAGGUCUUCUGCCGAGCUGGAGGACCAGAACAAGCUCCUCAUGAAUGAGCUGAACAAGUACAAGUCAGAACACGACCUGGACGUCACCUUGUCUGAGGACAGCUGCUCGGUGAUCAGCGAGCCGUCUCAGGAGGAGCUGGCCACCGCCAAGAUCCAGAUCAGCGAGCUCAGCGGGAAGGUGAAGAAGCUGCAGUAUGAGAACCGCGUCCUGCUCUCCAACCUGCAGCGCUACGACCUGGCCUCCUGUCAGACCCUGCGGCCCAUGCUGGAGACCGACGCCGAGGCGGGGGACUCUGCCCAGUGCGUCCCCACCCCCCUCUGGAGAGACGUGCCCAUCGGGGGGGAGAACGGUGUUCUGGGCCACUCCGAGCGGACGGCGGACAACGGCAUCCCGAAGCUCCCGGACGCCCAUCUCGCCAAGCUCUUUAAGGCCAGAGACUUGGAGGCUUUGCCCGGCCUCAGGGACCAGGCUGCCCUGGUCAACAAGGCAAUCGAUGUUUUAAUUUCAGACGCCAACGGCUUCAUAUCCAGCCUCAAGCUGUGUCUGGACAAUGACUGUGCAGACCUUAUGUUGAAUGAGUCUCUGGAUAACAGCGAGAGCCCUAGUGAUUCCAAACUUAUCAAUGUUAUCUUCAUGAGGCUUGGGCUCUUGCAGCAGGAGCUGAACACCUUUGUGAGGAAAGUGGAUAGCAUUGGGGACUCUCUGAAAGAGGCCACAGAAACCUCCUCGCUGCCAGCCUCUGGGGCCCAGGACUCCUCCAAAGACCUUCUCAGCAAAGAACACUCUUCUGACUUCCAGCCUGACUUUAGAGACCUGCCAGACUGGGAGCUCCGGGCCAGGGAGGCCUUCUGCAGCACUAGCAGCGACCCGGAUCCCAAACCUGAACUCACCCGGAGCUACAAGACUUAUCAAGCUGAAGACAAUGAAUCCUAUGCUACAGAGAUCAAAGAACUACAACUGGUGCUUUCAGAAGCCCACGAGAGCCUUCGCGGUCUUCAAGAACAGCUCUCCCAAGAGAGACAGCUGCGUAAAGAAGAUGCAGAGAAUUUCAAUCAAAAAAUCUUCCAGCUGAAGGAAGAUCAACAGAAGACUCUCCUGAGGAGGGAGUUUGAACUGCAGAGUGUGAACCUCCAGAGGAGGCUGGAGCAAAAGUUCUGGAGCCAGGAGAAGAACCUCCUGGUACAGGAAUCUCAACAGUUCAAGCAGAACUUCCUACUGCUUUUCAUGAAGCUUAAAUGGUUCCUCAAACGCUGGAGACAGGGAAAAAUCUUACCCAGUGAAGGUGGUGACUUUCUAGAGGUGAAUAGCAUGAAGGAACUCUACCUGCUAAUGGAAGAGGAAGAGCUAAAUCCUCAGCAUUCUGACAAUAAGUCCUGUGUGGGGGACAUCUGGACACAGAACACUCCCAAUGAAUAUGUGAAGACACUUGCAGACAUGAAGAUCAUCCUGAAAGAGCUGUGCCGAGAGCUUCGGGAAGAACGGCGGGGUAUAAAUGAGCUCCAGCAGCAGUUUGCUAAGGCUAAGUCUGCCUGGGAAAUGGAGAAGACUGAACUCAAGUGCCACCUAGCACAGCUGGAACUAAAACCUGGAAAGGGAAUGGGUGAGCGAGCCCUGCCUGACUGGAAGGCCAUCCUGAAAAGAGAAAGGGAGGAACACCAGCACCUCUUGGCUGAGUCCUAUAGUGCAGUCAUGGACCUCACCAAACAGCUGCAGAUCAGUGAGAAGAACUGGGACCAACAGAAGUUAGAAUUGCUGGACAGGUUCAAAGAUGAAAAACAACAGGCUGAGCAACAGAUGAAGGAGCUGCAGAAUAAAAUAAGCCAGUUACAGAAGGGAGCUGAUUCUUGGGCUUUGAAACAUAUUGAAAUGGAAAAGCAUGAUAGCAGCUGGAAAGAGACCCUCAGUGAGAAGAUACACGACAAAGAGACCAUUUCUGAAGCUGAUGCCAAUGGAACCAGUUUAAAGAGGACCAAAUCUGUUUCUUCCAUGUCUGAGUUUGAAAGUUUACUUGACUGUUCUCCUUACCUUCCGGGCAAAUCAGCCAACAUAGUCAACGAAACUUCCCGAGGCAAAAAGACCUCUCCGCCUGCCUCCCUAUUGCCCAAUACUCUGAUGGAUACUGCCACAGUGAACCCUGCCAGAAUUGCCUUUGUGGACAAUGAACAGGCGAGCCCAGAAAAGGGGACCAAGGAGAAGCUGGGGCUCUCCCCUCGAGACUGCAACAGGAGAGGUAACCUGGGCUACCAAGAUUGUGCCCAAAAACAGAUGCAGAGGAGUUACACAGCUCCUGAUAAAACAGGCAUUCGGAUUUACUACAGCCCACCUGUGGCUCGUAGGCUGGGGGUCCCUCUGGUCCAGAAUAAAGAAGGGAAAAUUCUCAUUGAACCUGGCUUCCUCUUUACCAUGGCCAAGCCCAAAGAGUCAGCAGAGUCAGAAGGCUUGGCUGAGAGUACAUAUGGUCGGUGGCUGUGUAACUUCUCCAAACACCGGGAACUUUUGGAUAAUAGCCCAGUCAGCAGUUCUACAGCUCCUGUGCCCAAUUUCCCCUCUGCUCUACAUGACUUUGAGAUGUCAGGCAACAUGAGUGAUGACAUGAAAGAAAUCACCAACUGUGUCCGCCAGGCCAUCCGCUCCGGCUCUCUGGAGAGGAAAGUGAAAAGCAUGUCAAGCCAGACUGUGGGGCUAACCAGUGUGGGCACCCAGACUAUCCAGACAGUGAGUAUUGGUCUCCAGACUGACCUGCCUCGGGGAAGCCUGCAUGGCAAGAGCUGGUCACCCCGUAGCUCUUCUCUGGUAUCUGUCCGAAGCAAACAGAUAUCUUCUUCACUGGAGAAAGUCCACUCUCGGAUUGAAAGACCUUGUUGUUCUCCUAAAUAUGGGUCACCAAAACUUCAGAGGAGAUCUGUGUCCAAACUGGAUAGCUCUAAGGACCGAAGUUUGUGGAAUCUUCACCAAAGUAAGCAGAAUGGAUCAGCUUGGGCCAGGUCUACCACAACCCGAGACAGCCCAGUCUUAAGCAACAUUAAUGAUGGACUAUCUAGUUUGUUUAAUGUAGUAGAGCACUCUGGGAGCACUGAAUCUAUCUGGAAGCCAGGGAGCCAGGAGACCCGCACCAAACCAGAGACUCACAAGUAUGGCAUUGUCCAGGAGUUCUUUCGUAAUGUGUGUGGUCGUUCACAGAGUCCCACUUCUGGGACAGAUCGGAAAGAAGUGAUGGGAGAUGAGUGCACCAAAAAGCCGGAGCCUCUUUCCCCAGCAAGUUACCAUCAAUCUGAGGGCAUUGCCAGGAUUUUGAGCAAGAAAACUCCAAAGCUGAGCAGCUGUGAGGAAGUUAGACCAGCUUUACUCUCCCAGGGGGGUAAGGAUGGAAACCCUCGAGAUCUAGAUGGCAAUUUGACUGUGGCUAAUGAGGAUGCCAUGUGUGACUGCAGUGCCCAGUCACUGACCUCUUGUUUUGCUCGGCCUUCCCGAUCCAUCACCAGGCAUUCGCCCUCUAAAUGCAGACUACAUCCCCCAGAGACCAUCCGGGGAGGGGAAGAGAGAACAGCUUCUUCCAGCGAAUGAUCAUGCUGCCAACGGACAGAACAGCAACACUCCCCUUUGCCCCAUCCCACCCCUCAGCCAACAGUCAUUGUGAGAAGCCAAAUCUCCAGUGACCCAUUGAGCAGAUCUGGAUAAGUUGAUAUGAGGCAACAGGACCCAGAAGAAGUCCAGCAGCCUAUACAUCUGUCUCCUAAACACCACCUUACCUUGGAAGAUUUAAGAAGCAGAUGUUUCAUCAAAACCUGGAAGCCUGUGGAAUAGGUUCCCAGAGGAAGAAAUGCAAGAGAUUCCUUUUGUAUCAACUAGCAGGGAUUUCAUCUGGAUCAGUAUAGUGAUCUCCAGUCUUCAGAUGAGAAGCCAAGAUAUGGGAGCGAUCAAAGUUGUGUUGGAGCAUCGCUAUUAGGGGGUCUUCUCUGAGAUCCUCUUUAUGUACUGAGGGAGUAGCAAGAACUUUUUGCUCAACUUAAAUGUCUUUCUUAGGAUAUCUCAUAGGGAGGUAUCCUUUGGGAACAACAGACACCCCAAACAGGCAACCACAGUACACCUACACCUGAUGUGGCUUUGAGAAGAUUAUUUCAGCAGCCUAAGUCUUAAACCUUACACUCUUCAGAGGAAUGCUUUUUCUCUAUAAUCUUCCACAGCAUCAGGAAGAUUCCUUUUUGGACAAUAGCCAAGCCAGGAGGCAUUGGUGGUGCCUGGCUCCAUGUGGGAUAAAAGGCUAGGAGCUUUAACAGGAAAUCUGGUUGUACCAAAUGGAUGUCAUUGUAUAUCUCCAUUACUGUGCAUUGCAGUUCAAAUACACAUUGUUGAGAAGACAUGAUCCAAUCCUUGGGAAAACCCGAUAAAGUCUUUUGAAACACAUGAUAGACUCUGGCAGAACCAUAUAAUGAUGAACUAGACUUGGGCUUCUCCUCUGAGGCCCAGCAUAAUCCCUUCUUUUCUCACAUUUCUUACUCUCUGGCUCUUGCACCCUGGAUUUCUGUGAUUCUCCAUGGAGUAUGAUAGGGUAGCCACCCACCUUGAAGAGUCUGCAUCUUCAUAUACUAGAAGGGUUUUUGCAUCUUCCAUCUUUGGCAGCUCAUAUCCAAAAAUGAUGUCAAAAAACCAAUACUAGACUUGUGGGGGCUAGAGUCAAGGAAUGUAGACCUCAGGAUCUGGGUACACUUGAGAAACCAGCAAGUCACCAAUCUAGCAGAGAUUUUGUCUUUGAAGCAUUUGGACAUCAUUGGCUUGAAUCCUUGCUCUUUCCUCAGACAUCCUAGAGCAGCAGUGACAUCAACACGUUUACAUUGAACAGUGGAAAGUGAAGACAUUCCUGCUAAAUCACCUUGGUGGAUAGUUUAGUUGAUCUGGCCAGAGAGGUGUUAGUGUACCUGCUGUCUCCUGGACUAUGGAGCAAAAAAACUCUCCAGAGCCUCCUCUGAGGCCCUGACAUACUGUUGAAUUUUCCUGACUAUAAAUAUUUAAGGUAGUUUAUAUUAUUUUAAUAAUUUAAUUUGUCCCCAGAUCCCUAGAGUAAUUUAUUGAGAAUUGAGAGGUAUCCUGUCCAUCAGGACACAAGGCAACAUUGAAAUGUUGAAAUGUUAGGGAAGUUGAGGCGGGAUACAAGGCAGUUCAGCAAUUGAACAAUGGUUUCCUCAUCGACAAACAGACACCCACUUGGCACAGCUGGAAUCUCAGAAUGCUCAUUUCAAAUUAUAUGAAUUGCUUUAGAUUCAGAACCCAGGUUCUCAUUCAUAGGCAACAGUUGCAUUGGAUCUUAUAUCCCAAUAUCCCCUUCCCAAGUUCCUAUUCAUAGGAAUGUAAGGAUUGGGCUGUUUCCAUCAUUUCCCAUACAUUUCCCAUUUCAAUUUUCAAUUUCCAAUUUCCCUUUUCCACUUUAUGAGCCAAACAGGUCCUUGAACCUCAGCCAAGCUUGGUGAUCCCUGAGAUUCCCAGCCAGUAUACUCAGUGGAAAACUAAACUGAAUCCAGAGAGUGUUUAAUGCAGCUUUGCACAUAGAUUUUAAAAUGUCUACUAAUCUCCCUAAAUUUUCACCAGCCUGUCCAUACUUUAGCCUUAAUGUCUAGUAGCACAUUCACUGCCUCCUAAGGAUCUUUCCCUAAUCACAAACUGAACAUCCAUUUUUCCUACCUCCCCACUUACUUUAGUCAUUCCACUCCUUUCAAGCCAUCUUCCCCUACAGUUCAAGAGAUCAGUCCCAAGUUUCCUUAACUAAUGGGUUGGAGUUCUCUCCAGGAUGCUGCAAAGUGGUUCAUUGCCAUUCUGCCUGUGUAAAAUAGGCUUCUAGGAGCCCCUACGUCUCGUUUGAGGGGCUAUUAUUCAAGGGAUUUCUGGCAGCCUUAACUGGCCAUUCUAACCAGAUUCUUUAGAAGAGCAGUCUUGUUUACUUUUAUUUGCCUCUUCUGGUUAUAAGGCCACCUUGGAAAUGCUUAUAUCUACUAGCAAUCCAAGCCCUUCUGUCAUCCUUCAAGAACUGACAUAAGGCAGGAGCCAACUUCAUCUCUAGCUGAGUAGCAAGAUAGACUGCCUGGGAUAGCUGAAAGGAGUUAAGUCUCCAAUGUGAUCCCUCUCUGGGGAACACCAGGUACCAAUGUACCCUGUGUCACCCUAGUUCUGGUGCACACACACAUGCAUAUAGAACUUUGCUCUUCCCAAUUGUGACCAGGGUGGUUUGAAAUUUCCCACCUGAAAAACUGCAAAGAAAGAGCUAAGAAAGCAGUAAACUCAGAUCUGACAAGAUUUACAUCUUGGAGCAAAAACUUAUUUAUUUCACCUGAGUAUCUAAAUAGACUUGAAAAUAUUCCUCUGAACCCCAGGUAAUCCUACUCAAAAUCCUACUGGGUGAUUUUUAUAAAGUUAUCUAAAGUCAUUAGUCUACAUUCCCUUUUGGCUGAAUAAUGGCGGUGUUAACUUGUUCAUGCUGUGGUCAGAAAUGUCAGAAAGGUUCAGUGUUCCAUGUUAAGUGGCAGGGAGGAUGUGCUAUAUAGAGAAAUACUGUUAUCACAGAGAAGACUCUUACCCUAAAAAAUCAAAAGGGAUCCUUUGGGGCAAAGUCCAAAUCCUAAUAAGGUAUAAGGAAAUGUAAUAGUCUUCGUGGGAUGAGGCCUACCAUUCCAUUGCACUGUUGCUGGGUUGACUUUUAAUUUGGGGGUAAAGCACUUCAGAUGGAAAGACACCAGAUGCCUUCUAUAAUACCCCCGUCAGGUGGCACAGAACCCAAGGUUAUCCAGAUACCAUUUGGGACUGUUAAGCCAUUGGUGGGGAUAGGGCAUGGGUGGCUCCACUGCUCUCAAACAUGUCAGCAAACCCCCCCCCCCAAACUUCAUGAAGAGAACACCCGAGAAUAAAGGAUUACCAAUCCCAGCCAAUUUGCCUUACCAUCCUAAGGAGCAUGGGAAGAGAGAAGCUGUGGCCCCUCUCCUCUGCCAGCCCAUCUCCAAGUAAACAACUUCUUCCUUCACAUGAGAGAGGUUUUGAAAUCUGAUUUUUAGUAUAAUACUUUUUUCUAUUUCUUGCAUGCAGUUGUACAUGAUCAUUUAUUGUUCUAAUGGAAACCUCUGAAGAGUUGGUUUUUAAAGAAGUUAAAAAUAUUACAUGUAAAUACUGACUUGGUUUUGUUUUUAGCAUUUUAAUUUGUAACUAGGGUUUUUUGUUUGGGGAUUUUUAUUUGAAAGAAUCUACUAUUUUGGAAUGUUGUUUCUCUUUUUAUUUCCAGAUGCCUUUAAGUAUUGCUAACAUUCCCAAGGCAGAGAAAUUGCCUGAAUUGUGGGUGGGUAUAACAGGAGGAAUUGUGGAACCAUAAAAGCAAGAACUUUUAUUCUCCUUUCCCCCAAUCCCUCAUCCUAAUUUCUCUCUCCAAAUCCUCUCAUUUUGAAGUACCUGUUCACCCUCUGCCUACUUGGUUUACCAAGCCAUGCCUUUAUAGUACUAGGUUUCCAACUGGAUAUAGCUUUUGGAAAAAUUAGGAAUGAAACUGGGAACCCCUUUGUGAAAUCCCUUCUGUCAAUGUGUGGUUUUCUCAUCUUUUUUCACCUGUUUCUGAAGACAUCACAGAUGUUACCAAGAAAACUGGGAAAAUGAGAAAAUAAUUUAGACACUUGAAACUAAAUAUGAACCAAUAUUGUAGCAUUCAUUUCCCUUGCCUACCAUAUCUCCUAACGUCACUCAGAUUUUAGCAUUGGCUUUUUGCUAUUAACACUCCCUAUCCACAUAGGCCUCUAAAGCACCUAUAACCUGAUGCCAUUUCUAUCAAAGCUCUCUCUUCUAAAGUUUUAAUUCCUUCGAUGAACAUCCACCACUGGCUGAUCUUUUUCAAACAUUUCUCCUAGCAGGCCUUCCUUUCCCAAUGAGAACCCCGAUCCCCAGAGUAUACCAGUUCAUUAAUGUGUUUUUAAUAUCUGAUCAAGACAUUGGUCUUCUCUUUGCAUCCUAUCCUUACAGUUUUUGACAAGGAAAAAAGCAUGUUCAUUUUCUUCCUUCCCCUUUGUCUCCAAUUUUCUUAUUCUUGCCUAUGUAUCUUCAUCCUCUUGUGGCUUAUCCAUUCUCUUCUUCCUCUCCUGACUUAACUACUUGUAAGUCCCACUUCUCCACCAUCUCCCUUCCCUGUUAAUAACAAUAGAAUACAUAUAGUAUUUUAAGCUUUAUAAAGUGUUUUCCUCAUAACAAUCCUGUGAAAUAAGUUAAUAUGAUUGUUUCCAUUUUAUAGAUAAAGAAACUGAAACAGUAAUUAAGUGACUUACUUGAAGGUCACACAGCAAGUAAAUUUGGGAGCUGUGAUUCAUACCCAAGUCUCCUAACUUCUUAAACACUAUACUGCUUUCUCUUGUUUCAUUAAAUCAAUCCAUACAUCAAUUCAUAGUAGAAUAUAUGAGUAUGGUCUGUAUUCUCUAGUCCAGACACACAAGAACCUAUAAUCCUGAGGUUCAGUAUUCUGAACCUCAUGUUCAUGAGGCUCAUGUUAUGCUGACUGUCACUGACUUAGUGUGACUAUGGGCAGGCAAGUCACAUAAUUAUUCUGAAUGUCAAUUUUCUAAUCUGCAAAAUGGGAAUAAUAUUAGCAUUAAUAAUCCCUUUCCUUUCUAAAUGAAGGUUAAUAGAACAGAAUUCGGUUUCUUAUAACAAAUGUUCGUUAAACAUCUACUGCAAAGACAACUCUGUCAACAGAGUAACAUUUAGAAAGGCUACAUUGAAAAGUGAUUAACCUAUUUCUUUAUACAAAGUAUAUACAUGUAGCAUCACUGUAUAGGCACCUUGUAUAUACAACUGACGUAUGCUAUUACCAUAUAAAAACAUUUGCUUUGUGCAUCACACUAUUCAUCUAACUAAACCAAAUCCCCUUCAUUUCUGCCCCAUUUUCUUCUCAUGUACCCCAAACCUGUGUUUGAUGAGUGAAUAUUGUCAGAGUCGUAGCUCACUAAUUCUACUUGUACAUUCAUCCUUUAUCUUUUCCCACUCCUACCUCAAUAACAACUCAACCUUUUCCUAAUCCCUGCCCAUCUAUCUAUCCAGCUAGCAAAAGGCUUCUAUGCCUUUUGCCUUCACAUAUUACACAGCCCUCUCCUCCAAUCCACUCCUCCAAACUUAUGUACUUAUCUCACGCAGAAUAGAGCUAUGAUCAAUGCACGAGUAUGUUGCCAGGAAUCUGACCCAUUGCAGAUAUGCUACAUUCCCACAAACUCAACAAGCAUAUAUAGUUCCUUCUAAUAAAUUUAACAAGAAUUGUCUGCUUCAAGUGUCUGUACAGUCCACAUAAUAAACAUGUACAUAUACCCACUCACAAUCAUUAGAAUUAUUAUUAAGGAGUAGAAAAAUUACUUGUGAAGAAUCUGAAGGUAACCAGCCUACCCCUUCACUAAUCAAUCUUAAAAUUGUAAAAAUCAUUAUCUUAAGAGAGUCCUGAUUUCUAUAGACAUACAUUAGGGGAUAUGAAGUCUAUUAUGAAUGCAUAUGAUUGAUUGUACCUUGAAUGCACAUAUACAUACAUACACAACCAUUAUCAGAAUUAUUAAAGAAUAGAAAAAUUUAUGUAUACCAGCCCUGGAGUCAGAACAAUGUAAGUCUAAAUCCGGCCUCAGAUACUUGGAACUAGCUAUGUGACCCUGGGCAAGUCACUUAAUUCUACCUUGCCAAAGGUGGUAAAAAAUUUUUUAAUAGUUUUCUAUGUACCCCACAGGAUUGUGGGGAAAAAAAAAACACUUUGGAUGCUUUCAUACCACAAUAUCUAUGUUAUUUACUAUUAUCAUUGCCUUUGAGCUGACAAUGUCAUUUGGACUAAGUCCCAACUUCUAACUAGGCAUACUUUUCUGCAUUCCAACCAUAACUUCUUUUUCUCCUCAAAAAGAUAUACCCUGACCCAAGUUCCAUUUAGUCUCUUUCUUUCUAAGUUCCACAUACCACUCUGUAGUGCCCAGAUUCAUCCCUUUUAAGUCCCUCAGAUUAUCCUUUUUGCCACCUUAUAUUAUCAUAGCCUGCUGCCUCCAUCUCAGUUUCUAGACUUUCCCAAACCAUAUACACCAAGAUCCCCUAAGUAUUUACUGAAGCUUUUCCACAUCUAGCAUCAUCUCAUACUUUGUCUUCUACUCCCUAAGAUCCACUUUUAGAAGUGCCUGAGCUAUGAAAUAUAUUUUCUAUCUCAUUUUCUUCAGCACAGCAAAAGAUCCUUCUUGUGAUUUUCUAAACAUAAGUACUCCCUUUACCAAUGCAAAUCACAACCUCUUUGCACCUUAGUAGAUAAUUUAAUGAGUGCUAUGGCCAAAAAUACUUAUCAUUAGUUGACUAACUUUCCUGUGAUAAAUCUUUCUGAACUCAGCUGGUCAACAUUUGACACAGAAUCCCUUCUUCAAAUAUCAACUCAAAUCUUUGCAGGAUAAUAAGAUCCUAUGUUCACUUAAAAUCUCCUUUCAGAAUUCAUAUUCAUGUCCACAUUGCAAUUUAUUGGAGAAUUCUUAAGUUUAUAGGACACACACACACACAUACACACACACACAUUUUGGCACGUUAUGCUUUUUUUUUCCCUGAAGUAUUAAAAUCUUUUUCCCUUCCAUCUUGGGUCAAGCUGGAUUAAAGCAACAUGAAAAAACUGAUCGGAUUUUACCUAAGUCCAACCUCAUCAGUAGCACUGCCAAGAACCUGAUGUCACCUGCAAAGUAUCACAUCCAGGGUUCAUACCUUCUGUGUAGAUAUUUUAGGAGCUGAACCAGGAGCUCCUAACCUACUCCCGCUUUCCCUGUCCCUUAGUUGCUCUACAAUGGUGCUGUCAAAUUCUAAUUUUCAGCUCUAAGUCUGCUUAGAUAAAAGGUACAAGAGCAAGAAGCUUCUUGUCAACUUCAUUUGGAGAUUGAGUACUUCCCCAGAUGUUUGAUGAAUCUACAUAUCCAGGUUUUGCAAACAUAUGACUCCGAUAACCUGAAGUACCUUUCCUAUCACCUCUGAACAAUCGUACAAGUCCUUAUGCCUUCCAGCAUCUUCUGUUCUCCCAGUUCCCAUUUUUUUCUUUUUCAUAGCUUACCUAUUCAUUCCCCUUCCCCUUCUUGACCCAUUUCUUUCUCUUCCCAGGUAGGAGUAUCCUUAAGUAAAAAUCUGGAGGGCAUUUCCAGGGUACCUACCUAUUGGCUUCAUGCAUUCUUUUGCUCUUCUAUAUCCCUUUCCAUGGCUCAUUCUUGCAGGAUUUUGCUCACAGCUAAAUGUCGGCAACUGCUUAGUGAUUGCUGGUGAAGAUUUAUUGAUUACUCCAGGAAUAUUUGAAUUUGGGAAAACCUUCAAGACUCAAAAGAAUGUGAUUUUUUUUUCCAGACAUCCAUAAGUAGUUAAAAAGCUAACAUCAGGAGAUUCUGUCAGAACCCCAUUAAAUCACAUCACAUAGGAGGACAUCUAGUCUGUCUACAAAAAUCAAUCUUGUUCCCAGUCUAGCAAAUCUCUCUGUCUUUACAUAUCUUAGCAGCUGAUUCCUUUUUCUCUUUUCCUCUCAGCUCAGCUUAUUAAUAACUAAAGACUUGAAGAAAGGGCAUUUGAUUUUUCUCUUAAAGACCAUAAAAGAGAUAAAAUGAUCAAUCUCAUUAGUGCCCAGAUUUAUUUCUUUUGUCCUCUAAGAAAACAUUCUGACUGGCUCCUACCUCUGAUAGCCAAAGUUUUGGGUUGGUCGAUGCUGCAUUCCACAGCAGAAAGUUGAUCAAGUUAGGGACAGCAGGAAACUGUAGAGAGAGUAUCCCUGAGCAAAAAGGGGAGAUCCAAAUCAAAAGCCGCUAAUUUGUCACUGUGGCAUAUGGACUUAUGAACUGUUUGGUAAAAUGUAGUAGACAGAACACUGGACUAGAAAUCUAAGUACCAGCCCUCUCAAUUCAUUGUGCUCAAGAUUAGGUAAGUCCCUUUUUUGUGGGCCUCAGUUCAUCAGUAAAAGAGGAAAAGUGAAGCAUGUACUUUAUUUCUAAGAUCCCACGUAAGGAGAAGAUUCAUUGAUAACAUUUGAUAAUCUCUGGAGACCCAGAGCAUCCAUCAUAUUUCCAUGUUCCCACUGUGACUAACACAGGCAACAAGAACAGUGUGUUCCUGGCUCAUACUUUUAUCUAAUGUGCUCCUCCAAUCUAUGCCUUAGUUCACCUGCCUGGAAAAUUUAGGGCUACUUCCCAGUCUCACUUGAGGAUUUUAAGAAUGAUUAAAAUUUAGGGGAACAUGUGGAGAAAAAGGUUUUGAAGUCUCCAUAAGGUCAAGAAUUUUUGAUAAUUUGAAUCUUCUCUAGAAACUUGACCAUCCUUGACCUCAGAUUAUGAGAAAACAUCAUACACAGCUAGGAUGAUAACACUGGUUUUGCCAAACUGAAGUUUGAGGUAGGUGCUUUUGACUCAGAGGAAAAAAUGUACCAGAGGAAUGGCAAUACAGGGAGCUUCUGAGGCAUGUUUCCCAGGAGUGGGUUUUAAGGGCAAUAAAAGUGAUAACAGAUGGCUAGCUGAUUUGAAGAUCAUUGUUCCAAUUAUCAGAAGGGAUACUUUUAAAGACUAAAUUUUCAGGUGUUUUCCCUGAUACCUGAGAAUGGUAGGGCUCACUUCUGUAUAUUAUCACCCACUGAAACAGGUUCUUGGCGCCUUUCUGCACGGGGUCUUAUGGAAAGGGUAGUAGUACAGCACUUUGAACAGUACUAAUCUAUCUGGGAAAUCGAGUCCAAUCUUUGGAAGCAAUGUGGAAUUGGCCAAAUUUGAGAUCAGAUUAUUACAAAAAUUUCUGGACCUCACUUGACCACAGGAUUUGGCAGAACCAAUCCCAUAAAUGAGUUGUAUAGAUGUCUUCAAAUACCAUACAUGGGGGCAACAUGGUAGGGGGCAAGAUGAAAAUUCUAGAGAAUGGAGCUUGCUCUUUUUUCCUCAAAACUUUGAAAAGAUGCCAACAAUGAUGAGCUUGAAGAUUUAUGUUCUAGGAUCUACGGACUUCCUUACCUAGAUUGGGUCAUUAUAUAGAAACUAUAUGGAUUCUGGUUUGAGAUUGAACUCUCCUCUGUGGUCUAAGACAACUUAUAGAAAGGAUAGAUGAGUCUGAGUGAGAAGUAGGGCAAAUCUGAAGACAGAAGGUACUAUUUGAGGACUAGGGAGGCACAGGGAUCAGUAGAAUCUCUAAGUCUGUGAGAUUACCUUUCGGUAAGUAUCUCUUUUUUGCCAGGAUUCUCAAAUCUCUAUCAUUGUGUCCCUUGAAAAGAAGUUGAAAGAAACUCAAACUUAAUCCCUGGUCCAAUUUAUUCUUCACAUCUUCCCAGGAGACCUUGUGAGACAUUUUAGAUUGUUACCAAAAAUGGCUCAAGAAAUCUCAUUUUGGGUUAGACACUGCCUCAUCUCAUUCAGGAUCCUCCCUCCACCAGCAGGUAAUGUGACAUUGCCUUCCCAACUUCAGCCUAGGAAAAACAUUAGACUCAGCUUCAGUCUGUGUACCUUUCAGAACAUGUGGUCAAGAGAAAUUCCUGCCCCAUAAGGGAAAGCUCCCUGGGUAGAGGGGGAAAAGGACUGAAGCAUCUUUGGAUUUAGCUGUUUCCUGUAACAAUGAGCAUUCCAAGUUGAAAUGCUCUCUCCUUUGACUCAUGUCUUCAAGGUUUCUUUCCCAGGACCAGAUGCUAUGAUGACCAUGUUCUAAUCUACCAGCUGUCCCUUCUUCCUCUUUCUAUUUCAUACAUUGGAAUUGCUGUACAAUGUAUACUUAAAUGAAGGGUUUUUAAUGGUUGUAGAUCUGAAAUAAAGUAUAUCACAAGAGCUGUUUAAAAGAA